AUGCCUAAACUCCGACAAAGUAAAAACCAUAACACUCCUUCAGAUACUUAUAUAGAUGAAAUCCUCAAAAAAAUUAAUGUGCCGUCUCCAUAUGACAAAAGAAUUGUCCCAAUUCUAAAGAAAUUUGAGGUGGAUGAUACCACUACUAUGUCAAAAAAGCCACCAAAUAGCUUUAUCUUAUAUCGAACGGUUUUUUUCCACAUGUUAAAUAGCAAUAAUGUUCAACUUCCUGCAAACAAGAUCUCGAGCCUGGCAUCGAAAAAAUGGAAGAACGAAUCCAAUGCAAUUAAACAAGAAUAUGAACGAAUCGCUGACGAAAUUCGCGAAUGCUCACCCAAAUAUAUACCUUCUUUUCAAAAGGAACCCAAAAAACAAUACAAAUGGCGUGAUUAUAAAUAUCCUGAUAAUGAAAAGAAAAAGAAAAAUUCUUCAUCCAAUAAAAAUUAUGAAUUUAGCGCGAUUGACUCAAUACAAAGCUUGUCUGCACCAGCUACUGGUUCUGAUACUUGUCCGUCAAUGUCAACAGAAAUUGAUCAAGGAUUCAUGAACUUCCCGUUAAAAGAUAAAGAUUCUACAGCAUAUGGUUUUGUUGACGCAGUUCCUUUAUAUUUUCCAGAAAAAAUUCAAUCUCAGUCAGAUAUUGAUCAUCUAAGUCGAUCAUCAAGUUUUGAUAUUAAUACCUCGAAUUAUCAGCUCUCUGUACCAAGCUUAUCAAUAAACAGUCCUGCAUCUUUGACAUCAACAACCGAGGAAGCUAGGGAUUUAGAAAUGCUCAAUAUAGAAAAGUUUCAAGCGUCCUUGCUGGUGAAAUCGGCGGAAAAUUCUUAUCAAGAUACAAUGACUUUUCCACUUGAGGAUUUAAUCAAUGAUGAAUAUCUACAAUUUUAA